AUGGAAGGGAAGGCCGCCGAGACGUGCGCUCGCGCCAGGGAGAUGCACAGCACGCUCCCGGAGGCGAGGCACUGCAACCGCCUGCUCAGGCUUCUCGUGGAGCGCCUGCGAUGGGUGGAUGCCCGGAAGCUCUAUGACGAAAUGCUUGCGGAGGAGGGCGGCGCGGAUAACUACAGCACCUGCGUGAUGGUCAGAGGGAUGUGCUUGGAAGGGCGGGUGGAGGAGGGGAUGAAGCUGAUUGAGGCGAGGUGGGGAGCUGAGUGCAUUCCGCACGCCGUGUUCUACAAUUCAGCAACGCAGGCAAUGGCUGUUCUGAAGCAACUGUUUGCAAGUGGUUGUGACCCGGAUAUUAUGACAUUUAAUACUUUGAUAUCAGCAUUUUGCCGGGAAGGUGAUGUUCAACAGGCUCUGCAGCUUUUGAGGGAGGCCAUUAGGAGGGAGUUGGAACCAAAUCAAGUUAGCUAUACUCCCUUGAUUCAUGCCUUCUGCAUAAGAGGAGAAGUGAUGGUUGCAUCGGAUUUACUUGUGGAGAUGAUGGGAAGAGGUCAUACUCCAGAUGUGGUUACAUUUGGUUCAUUGAUUCAUGGCCUUGUUGUUGCUGGGCAAGUAAGUGAGGCCUUGAUUGUCCGGGAAAAGAUGGCAGAGAGACGGGUGAUGCCUGAUGCUAACAUAUAUAAUGUACUGAUUAGUGGUUUAUGCAAGAAACAGAUGCUUCCUGCAGCCAAGAACCUUCUCGCAGAGAUGCUCGAGCAAAAUGUGCAGCCUGAUAAAUUUGUGUAUACCACUUUGAUUGAUGGUUUCAUUAGGAGUGAGAAUCUCAGUGAUGCGAGAAAAAUAUUUGAAUUCAUGGAAGAAAAAGGUGUCUGCCCUGAUGUUGUUGGUUACAAUGCUAUGGUUAAGGGAUAUUGUAAGUUUGGAAUGAUGAAUGAGGCAAUUAUGUGCAUGAGCAGCAUGAGAAAGGUUGGGUGUAUCCCAUAUGAGUUUACAUAUACUACACUUAUUGAUGGCUAUGCUAAACAAGGUAACAUAAGUGCAGCUCUUAGGUUCUUAUGUGAUAUGAUGAAGCGGAGAUGCAAGCCAAAUGUUGUUACGUACUCGUCACUGAUAAGUGGAUACUGCAAGAUAAAUGACAUGGACAGCGCGGAAGAUUUGUUUGAAAAGAUGCAGUCUGAAGGUCUAUCUGCUAAUGUUAUACAUUAUACAAUUAUAAUUGGUAGUCUGUUUAAAAAAGAUGAAGUGAUCAAAGCUGCUACAUACUUUGAAAGCAUGCUGCUUAAUCAUUGCUCUCCUAAUGAAGUCACGUUACAUUAUCUAGUUAAUGGGCUCACGAAUAGUAUGCCUUGUAUAAUCAACCUAACCUGCAGUAGCACUGCUAAGGUUAAUAACAAGAGAGCCCUUUUAGAUGUAUUCAAGGGAAUGGUUUCUGAUGUAUUAGACCCAAGGAUUUCAGCUCUCAAUGCUAUUAUCUUUAGCCUAUGUAGACAUAAUAUGCUUGAGAAGGCACUGAACUUGAAAGAUGAGAUGGCUAAAAAAGGCUACACGCCGGACCCAGUGACCUUCCUUUCCCUACUCUAUGGCUUUUGUUCUGUUGGAAAACCAAGCAACUGGAGGGUCAUCCUUCCUAAUGAAUUUCAGCAGGAUGAAUUCGAGAUAAUCUUUAGGUACAAGACAUUAUUUGAUCAGCAUGUAGUUAAGUCAGCCAGCCUUGAGGUCUAUAGAGUCUUGCAGUUAUGUGCUAAGGAGUUUCAGUUCAUACAACCAGCAGACUAG